GGGUGUUCGCUCGGCCAGUGCAUCCGCAUCUCACCCCACACUCGUUGCCGUGCUGUUUACCUCGCUCCAUUGGCCCCUAUCACCACUGGGACAGUGGUCUUAUCAAUGAAACUAGGCACCCGGGACGGUGCAGAAGGCGACUGUGACGACCAAAAUGCCAGCCGCUUCAGCUACCAUGCCUCCAGAUUGCGGCUUUUUAACCUAUGUCACAAGGGGAUUAGGACUAGGUGGUGCAACGUCAUCAGACCGGGAUCCUCACAGGGAAUCACCAUUACUGGAAGACAUGCCGGGGCGUCGUCAUUCACGCAAAGAUGUCCGGUUUUUCCACGUAUGCGGAAGUGGGGAACACUCAAAAGGAAAAUUUCUAUCAAAUAGGAUAAGUACAUGCAAAUACAAUGCAGUUUCCUUUCUGCCACGAUUUCUUUAUGAGCAAUUUCGACGGUAUAAUAACGUGUUUUUCUUGAUGAUAGCUGUGCUGCAACAAAUACCGGAUGUUAGCCCUACGGGACGAUAUACGACAGCUGUGCCUUUCAUAUUAAUUCUCACUGUUUCCGCUAUCAAGGAGAUAUUUGAAGACAUUAAAAGGCGGAGAUCCGACCAUCAAGUAAACUCUUUUCCAACAUUAAUCUUGAAAAAUGGCAGUUGGCAGCGUGAAGAAUGGAGAGCGGUCGCCGUUGGUGAUAUAGUAAGAAUAGACAACGAUCAAUUGUUUCCUGCUGAUCUCCUCUUAUUAGCCUCAAGUGAACCUCAAGGCAUGUGCUACAUUGAAACCUCUAAUUUAGACGGUGAAACGAAUUUGAAAAUCAAACAGGCCUUACCAAUUACGGCAUCGAUAACUACUCUGGAAAGUGCUGUCGACUUUGAAGCUGAGAUAGAAUGCGAAUUGCCGAGUCGACACGUGAAUGAAUUUAGUGGAAACUUGAUCGUUCAAGGAGAACACAAUCCAUUUGGCAUCGAUCAAUUGCUAUUACGCGGCGCACGCUUGAAGAAUACCUCAUGGAUCUUUGGCGCUGUCAUAUAUACUGGACAUGAUGCGAAACUGCUGAUGAACUCGAAAACAGCACCCCUGAAAGGUUGCACUGUUGACUCGAGAACGAACAAUCGUAUCAUUUUUCUCUUUUUUGUUCUGCUCACUCUUGCCCUUGUGAGUGCUGCUGGAGCAGAAAUUUGGCGUAGCGCCAAUCUUCCAGCAAUGUGGUACCUAUCAUUUCUAGAAAAUGACGCGAGAGCAUCGUUCGCUUGGAAUGUACUAACCUUCUUCAUCCUUUAUAAUAACCUCAUUCCUAUCAGUUUACAAGUGACUUUAGAGAUAGUUCGCUUCUUCCAGGCUACGUAUAUCAAUAACGAUGUAGAGAUGUAUGAUCCCAAUAGCGACUCUUGUGCAGUAGCGCGCACAUCAAAUUUGAACGAGGAGCUUGGACUGGUCAAAUUCGUUAUGAGUGAUAAAACUGGAACACUAACUCGCAAUGUCAUGAAAUUCAAACGUGUCUCAGUGGCUGGAAUGAUGUUUGGUGACAACGAAAAUGACGAAUUUUGUGAUGAAAGCCUUGUCGAUCGCUAUCGCGAUGAUCCGGAUUCCCCCGAAGGAAAGGCUAUCCGGGAGCUGCUGAUGAUGAUGGCUGUAUGUCAUACAGUGGUGCCGGAGAAGAAGAAUGGAAAGAUUUCCUAUCAAUGUUCGUCACCAGAUGAAGGCGCUCUUGUACGAGGCGCAGCUGCGCUUGGGUUCGAAUUUCAUACUCGUCAGCCCAAGAAAGUCAUCGUGUCUGUUCUUGGUGUAGACGAGACGUUAGACGUUUUGAACGUCGUAGAUUUCUCCAGCGAUAGGAAACGGAUGAGCGUUAUUGUUCGUGAUGCUUCUGGCGUAGUUAAGCUGUACACAAAAGGAGCGGACUCAGUGAUUUUUGCACGAUUGAAGCCUGACUCCCAGUCUGCCGUUGACACUUGCCAUGAGCAUCUUGAAGAUUUUGCUUCAUUUGGUUAUCGAACGCUUUGCUUCGCCAUGCGGGCUAUUCCUAAUGAUGAGUAUGAACCAUGGGCCAAAGACUACCAUGCGGCUGGAAUCCUGAUUGAGGGAAGACAAAAGGCACAAGCCGAAGUUGCUGAAAGGAUCGAGAAAAAUAUGGAACUGAUUGGGGCAACAGCUAUCGAAGAUAAAUUGCAAGAGUAUGUUCCCGAGACAGUGCAAGCACUGAUGGCUGCUGAUAUGCGGGUGUGGAUGCUGACUGGGGACAAACGCGAAACUGCUAUAAACAUAGCUCAUUCCUGCGCUCUUUGCCAGCCCGGUAUGGAACUGUUGACUGUGGACAAAGAAACCUAUGAGGAAACAUGCUCUAAACUAGCACAACUGGCUGAAAGAUCUAGGGAGCUUGAAGCAGAUAAAAAGCAGUUCGCACUGGUCAUCGAUGGUAAAUCGCUCGUUCAUGCGCUGGUUGGUGAUUGCCGCGCUCCAUUUAGUGAGCUAGCGAUGAGAUGCCAUGCUGUUGUGUGCUGCCGUAUGAGUCCGAUGCAGAAGGCAGAGGUGGUGGAAAUGGUGCGAAGCAUUGGCAAUCAUGUUGUGAUGGCUGUAGGAGACGGAGCAAAUGAUGUGGCUAUGAUUCAGGCUGCCAAUGUUGGUAUCGGAAUUACGGGAGAAGAAGGACUACAGGCUGCGUCAGCAUCUGAUUAUGCUAUCCCGCGUUUCCAUUUCUUGAGAAGGUUGCUAUUGGUACAUGGCGCUUGGAACCAUGAUCGAUCUGUAAAGGUUAUUCUUUACAGCUUUUACAAAAACAUCUGCUUGUACAUUAUCGAACUCUGGUUUGCCAUCUUCUCAGCAUGGUCUGGACAGACAAUUUUCGAAAGGUGGACUAUCGGAUUGUUCAACGUCAUAUUCACUGCCUUCCCUCCCAUCGUCCUUGGAUUAUUUGAUCGACCAGUUGCUGCUGACCAGAUGAUGCGAUAUCCAUCGCUAUACCACAGCUUCCAGAAAAGAUCGUUUUCCAUACCGCGAUUCAUGCUCUGGAUAGGGAUGGCACUUGUCCAUUCACUUUCGCUCUUUUUCCUUUCUUACGGGUUCCUCCAAACGCAAGUCGUUUGGGGUAACGGACAGACGGGUGGUUGGCUGAUGCUGGGUAAUAGCGCAUAUUCGUUUGUGGUAGCUACAGUAUGUUUGAAAGCUCUUCUGGAAUGUGAUUCAUGGACCUGGCCUGUGGUACUAGCUAGCAUAGGGUCUAUAUUAGUCUGGCUAUUGUUCUUGUGCAUAUACGCAGCGAUAUUCCCUGUUGUCUCGUUACGUAUCGGAGCUGAUAUGGCAGGCAUGGCUUGGAUAAUGAUGUCAUCAUGGAUGUUCUGGCUGGCAUUGUUGUUCAUACCGUGUGCUACGUUGAUAUGGGAUCUCGUUAUAAAGAGCUUCAUCACAAUCGCCUAUCCUACACCUCGCGAACGAGUCGUAAUGCGACUGAAAAGCACUGGCUCAUCAUCAGGAUUCGAACGGUUAGCCAGCUAUUCCUCAACUGUGUUGGAAAACGUCCGGCUUCUUCGUCAUUCCUUCCGUCAAGGCCGUCGUAGUGAUUCUUCACUCUCACUUGCCGAACAGGCUAGAUAUGGGUUCGCAUUCUCACAGGAAGAGGACGGUGCUAUAGCGCAGACAGAGCUGAUUCGAAAUGUUGAUUCAACACUGACGAAGCCCUCUGGAAUGUGACACUUGUGCAUACUGUAUCAAGUCUAUUCGGGUUCUCCAAAAUUUCUAGAUGUAAAUUGGAUCUUAAAUCUCUCCCUUUCGUGACGUUUACGUGUACUUAAUUGUUGUGUUGCUGAAACAACCCGAGCUAGUUGUUUCGCCUGCUGUGAUAGUUAUUUAGGUAGAGUUAAUUAAUAUUGAUUGUUGUGCUAGGAUGACGGAGUUUAUUGCAUGUGCCUUGUACAUAUGAUCUUUGCGAGUUUUUGAGCUUUGCUGUUGUUCUCCUUUUUCUUCACUUGAACCUGUUUUGUAGCAUAAGGUGCCGUAAAGGUUUUGAAGAAA